AUGGCCGAUGUGGAGGAUAAGCUUACUCCCAUACAAUCCUUUUUAGGACCACUGUUUCCUUUGCUGGCUGAAGAGAAAAUAGCUAUUCUAUUUGGAUUGACAAACGUCCAAUUGAAGCUUGAAAAUACUUGUAAUAAUGCUACCGAUUUCAAUGCCAGAUCACUAGGUUACUCAACUGCUAGACUAAGAGAAUGCGGUGAACAAUUAUUCCAAUCAUGUUGGUUUAAAACUACUACAUUUGAUAAUGAAAGGUACCUAUCUAUGCUGCAACAAGAUAUAAUAUAUGACAUUAAUCAGUUUGAGCCAUCCAGUGAAGUCUUGGUGGAAUUCAUGAAAAGACAAACCAUGUAUCAAAACAUCCAAUCAUAUAGAGGUGCUAUGAAAUAUGGUCCUAUUGAAGAUUAUGAGGAGUAUUUGCAAGCCAAACAAAAUCUACAAAAUAUAACAGCAGUGGGGAGUUUCUAUACAUUAAUAGGAAUAUGUUGGAUUAAAUUUGGUAAAGAGGCUACCGCUAAACAAUUAAUUGGGAAUAAAAUCAUCAAUGGACCGAAUGGUUUAAUAAGGUUAACAACACAACUUAGUAGAACAUAA